CAUCUCUAAAUAUUAUAAGAAGUUUAUACAUUGUGUUUACAGAACGCACUUUGUCACAGCUAUAUUUCGAAUUUCGGGUAAAACCAAAAUAUUAGAAUUUAACAAAACUAUAUACAUAUUUAGAAAGACAUGAACACGUGCAAACGAGAAAAGCCUAAAUGCCGUACAUGUUUAGAUACAACUGAUAAGAAGUUCCACUCAUUGAAUGCAAAACUGAUAAAGGGCGAACAGCGAACAAGCCUGGCUGAAUUUUUAUGGGAAAUAUCAAAAAUGGAUAAUUUUUCGGAAACUGCCAAAAGAUUACCGCAACAGAUAUGUGACAGUUGUUUGCGUAAAUUAAAAAUUGCAUUUUCAUUUGUGAUGCAAGUGCAGAAGGUUAAUGGGAGCAUGAUAGUUGCCUUGCAAAGGGAAAUGCCUAUUAAUUUUUGUCAAACUGCGGAUGAAGCUCGAGAAUGUUUUGUAGAUUGUAAUUCCUCAUUAGCUCUCGAUUCGCAAGAUCCUAUUGGAAUAGCCCGGGCAAAAAAACGGAAAUUGUCAUUCGAAUUUAUUAAAAGGCAAUACAUAAAUGAAGACUCCGCGGAUUCGAUUACAACUAUAUUUGAAGGUGGUGAAGAAACGACAGACUCUAACUCGUGUAAAAAUGGAUGUCACAAAGAAAUUCUACAUACCCUGAAAAGUAUUACAGAUCGCUUGGAUACCGUUGAAGGAAACCAAAAGAUCAUUACCACAAACCAGGGCAUAUUGUUCAAACAAGUUAAAAAAGAUGAAACGAAUGUGAUUGAGAAGGAAGAAAGCCACUUGGUAAAAAAAAACAUCAGGCGACAGGUGAUUGUGCAGAAAGUUAAACCAUUAGUCCAGUCGCCGUUGGUCACGAGACAAUGCAAAGUUUUCAUAAAAAAGAUGAAACAGCCGCUAUGCAUCAAGGAAGAAAGAGGAAAUGUUUAUGGCAAUAAUGAGUUAUCCAUACGUUUACCAUUCGAUUCGCAUGCUUCUAUUUCGCGUAUGGAAGAACAAAUAGAGAAAUACCCAGAGUACGCCAAAGCAUUGACGGCAACCUUCGAAAAAUUGAGGGGCUUUUCCGAAGACGUUUUCACGGUAAUGAGGAAUAUUUUCAGUGAUGAUGUUUUAUGGGAUUAUAACUGGAAUGGCAGCUGGCGAAAAAAGGCCUUCCGCAAAUUGAAAGUUCUCAACAUUCUAAGAGAUGUCUUUAAAAUGCAGCCAUAUCACAGCUUUGAACUAAGCCUCAAGAGGAGCUUUAAUGCCAGUCGCAAAAGUACCUUAAGUAAAAACAAGAAUGUACAUAUAUAUUAAAUUUCAACUAAAAAUCAUGCUGAAAGAGAUAUGCAUGCAUAGAAAAGUAAACAAUAUAUUUUUACCUUAAUUUAGAAAGGUCCUGUCCUACUUUUUUGUUUCGUACUUAACAAAUUUUAUAAAAACCAAAGUUUUUCAGUGUCGAAUUUUUUCAAAUCACUGGUUUUUAAUAAACACUGAAACUAAUUUAAUGAUGUAGUAAGUGUUUUUUAAAUCUUUUUGGUUCUGGGUGAGUACUCUUCCGACUCUUGUAUAAUCGGAAUUUCGAAAGAAAAUGAGUUAGGGACUUUCUAUAUUAAGGUAACGAUAUGUACUUGUUACCUAGACGAUAGACUUGUUACCUAGUACCGUCCGAAAACACUAUAGUACAGGGCUCGAAUCGUUACAUACGAUAUCGUACUACUCGUCAUGUAAAAACACAUUUUUUGGAUUAUGACAUACGUGAACGUACUUUGACCUGAAAACUUUGACGCUUAUUCCUUUAUUAGGAUCUCGCUCCCUCUGAAAAGGAUACGGCGGAAAUCGCUUUGGUAUAGCUUUUGAUUUUUGUGAAUGAUCAUUAUUCUUAAGUGAAAAAAAUAAAACUCAAUAAUAAUUAUUAUCUUUGA